AUGUCUUCAAUGACAGAAACACCCGAUCUGGGCGCGCACACCGCGGCCUCCUCUUCCUCGCCCCCGAACUCCACCCCGUCCCCGUCGACCUCGAGUGCGACCACCGCCAAUUCCGCCUCGGCCUCGCGCCGCGCGCCGCGCAAGAGCACUUUGACGCAGCAGCAGAAGAAUAACAAGCGCCAACGCGCAACUCAGGAUCAGUUGGUCACUCUGGAGGUCGAGUUUAACAAGAACCCGACCCCGACUGCUGCGACAAGGGAACGGAUUGCAUCGGACAUUAACAUGACCGAGCGGUCAGUACAAAUUUGGUUUCAGAACCGUCGCGCGAAAAUUAAGAUGCUUGCGAAGAAGAGCAUUGAGACUGGCGAAGGCUGCGAUUCGAUCCCCGAGUCAAUGCGCCAUUACCUUGCGAUGCAGUUCGAUCCCACCAAGCCCGGAACCCGCGAUCCCUUUGGCCGUUCAGCAGGAUACGGAGGAGCCCCGAGCAUGUAUGCGAAUGAGACUAACCCAUCUGGCAAAGUUGUCAUUUCGCACUUUACCUGCCGUUCCUUGACCAUUGGUAACUGGCGACGUAUUGGCCAGAAUGCCAUGGACCUAGUGGUUUUUUAUUCUCCUGACAAGGCCUGCAUGACAUACUACAUCAACAACGACUCCGCCGGCUACAAGAUCGAGUACCCCUUCGCCCAUAUCAAGAACAUCACAUUAGAGACUGGAGACCCGAACCCUGGACCAAACGGCGCGCCGCCUCGCCCUGGCGGAUUAGUGGUGGAACUCAACCGGCCACCGAUGUUUUACAUGGAUUCCUCCAACUCUGGAGGGUUCUACCAAUGCGGUGAUUUCACUGAGGAGCAACAAGCCAGCCAGAUCAUGGUCCACCAUCUGGGGGGCCAUCCCAAGGUUUUGAGUGUCCAGCUCGCGAAGCUUGUCUCAUUGGAGUCGUUCCAGAACCGUUUGGCGUACAACGGCAACAAUAGCUUCGCCGUGCCCGCCCCACCCGCAGCCCCUACUGCGAUGUCCCCCCCCUUCAUCCAGCGCCCCGCCUCCCAGCCCAACCACUACGCCGCCCCAACCCCUUACUUGGGACUCUACCAGGACAAUGGCCACUUGGGUUUCAAUAUGCCCGCUGCUGCUCGCGGACACAAGCGUCAGCGCAGUCGAUCUGUUCCCGCGGCCGUCGAUAUUUCCGCCUUGCAGGCCCCCAUGCCUCCGUUCCACAUGCCGCAGACCCCCGCGCCCUUCAACCACACUGACCACGGCAUCUAUGCGCCCGUGCCACAGUCUGCGCACGGGCACGCUCUGCCGACCGAUUUGCGCAUCGAGACCGAGGGAUACGGACUGGACUUCCGACCAAACCCAAUGUCUGCGACGACCGCGGCUUCGCCAUCCGACUUCGCCAGCCCAUCAAUGUUCAGCAGCGCUGCUCAGGGAGAGUCGACACCAGUAGCCAGCAUGCCUCCUCAAUUCAAUGUUUCCUACGUGUCUGGAGGAGGUCCUUCCGAUACGUCCACCGUGGGCUCGCAUGCGCCGUCACCUUACUCUGGUGUCAGCCCAGCCGACCCCAUGAUUGCCAACCACUCUCCUCCCUUGUCGAACAUGUCCCACGCUUCAUCGGACAUGUAUGGAUUCGCACAUGACCAACAAUCAGGCUUUGUCGAGGACGGACUUUCGAUGAACGACAUGUACCCCAAGCAUAACGUGAACUACACCGUUUCGCACGAUGCCCCCAGCUUCGAACUCCCGAUGCACGGCAUGCCUGGUCACGCCUCACCGGCGCUGGGCGACUACUCCCAUGGCAUGGUGAACCUCGACGAGAUCAACUCUCAAGGUUUGCCGACAGGGUCUUGA